AUGGACUUUUCUCAGAUGAACGCGGCCGAGCAGGCACAUAUGUCAAAAGUGAUUGAGAAGAAGCAGAUGCAAGACUUCCUGAGAAUGUACUCCAACUUGGUAGAACGAUGUUUCAAUGCAUGCUGCAAUGAUUUCACUAGCAAGGCCCUCUCAUCAAAAGAAGAACAAUGUGUCCUGAACUGCACGGAUAAAUUUCUGAAACACUCAGAACGCGUCGGGGCUCGCUUUGCAGAGCACAACGCUGAGGCAAUGAAUCCUGGGAUGAACAAGUGA